AUGUUUUCUGGCAAUAACGGUUCCAGGCUGAGCUCGUCGACGGAAGCAAUACGGCAAGGGCAUGAUCAAAAGGUGAGCAUCCAAGAGGCUGUUGGUCUCCAGUCCCCUACCAGCCUACGGCUCCCCUUGCGUUUUCUCCCCGAUGCCUUCGCUGCCCUUCGUCUGCCCUCCCACGAGAUACACUACGGCCGAAACCGCGCAGCUGCCUGUAAGGCCAACGGAUGGGGGUUCAAAGAUACCUAUAUCUACUUCCUUGACAAGACCACGUUGACAGUGACAGGAAACAGGUACCCUCUGUGCGGCCAACGGCUGCAGCACUGGCAAAGGUUCACAAACUCCAUCGAGGGCUUGGACCUCGAGGUGAAGUCCUUACCGAGAGAGGAAGUUAUUAUUAGCCCUCAGCGCCUUAUUAAGAGGGAGUUCCUCCACGACCUCCUCUCCCGGGCUCCUGGGGUGGAAGUUUCAGAGGACGGAUUAGAGAGACUUUACCACGGACACGGUCAUACGUGUGCUGAGAUUUUCGCACUGAGGUACGGGCAGCUCGAACGCCUACCAGAUGUAGUCUUAUUCCCCAAAUGCCACGAAGACGUGGAGGCGAUUGUCUCAUGCGCAGUACGACACGGAGUUUGUCUAAUUCCGUUUGGUGGUGGGACAUCGGUGACGUUGGGACUGGCAGUUCCUGAGGACGAACAGCGCAUGGUGGCAACGGUAUCUCUCAGUUACAUGCAAAAAAUACUUUCUUUUGACAGGGAUGCUCUCCUUCUCACUGUAGAAGCAGGAGCCGUCGGGGUAGUCCUCGAAGAGCAGCUUCGCCGCCUUGGUGUUACCCUAGGCCACGAGCCAGAUAGCCUGGAAUUCAGCACAGUGGGUGGAUGGGUAGCUACCCGCGCUUCAGGGAUGAAAAAGAAUGCCUACGGGAACAUAGAAGACAUCCUCAUUGACGCAGUAAUGGUAACACCACAGGGAACUCUUAAUCAGCGCCUUGCCGCUCCCCGCGUCUCCAGUGGACCGUCUGUGCAGCAGUUGGUGCUGGGAAGCGAAGGCACACUGGGAAUCAUUACGCAGGUGGUCCUGAAGGUCAAGCUUCUCCCUGAGGAAAAAGUCUACGGCUGUCUAGUAUUCCCAUGUUUCGAGGUUGGCGUCGCUUUUAUGCGGCAUGUGGCUCUCAACAAGUUGCAACCGGCGAGUAUCCGUCUCAUGGACAAACGGCAGACCCAGUGCGGCGCUCUCUUCCGAGCUGUUCCCCCAGGUAGUGUCUCGCUGCUUGGCCUGUCUACCAUGGUGACACGCAAUUUAGAGCUCAAAAUUCAUCUACUGUUUGUUUGCAUCGCUGUUCUGCUAUACGUGCGACUUUCGCGUGAUUAUCACAAUAUACCGGCAAAGCACUAUAGUGUUGCGCCUUGCUCUCCCCUGUUGCUACCCACAGGUGGCCUGGGACUCAGAGACGCACUAACAGACGGCAUCAAGAGCUUCUACCUGAAUAGGAUCAAAGGUUGGCGUGAGGAGGAUCUGUGUGCAUGCACCCUUCUAUUUGAAGGGUCUUCGGAGGAAGUAGCUGCCCAGCAACGAAACAUUUAUAAGGCAGCGAAGAGAUUUGGGGGCCUUCCCGCAGGCGCGAAGAACGGACAAAGGGGCUAUCAGAUGACAUUUCUGAUUGCUUACGUCCGGGACUUCAUCAUGGACCACUACUGGGUGUUCGAGUCAUUUGAAGCUUCGAUCGCAUGGCCAUUGGUCCUAAAGUGCCGAAAUUCAGUGCACAAUUAUAUUUCGAAGGAGUGCAAGUGCGUAGGCAUCCGUCAUCCGCCCCUCGUCAUGACUCGACUGACGCAAGUCUACGACGCGGGAGCUGUCCUGUACUUUUACUUUGGGUUUAACUGGGCUGGCAUAGAAAACCCCAUGAAGGUCUACAAGCAAAUUGAAGAUGGUGCACGUAAAGUCAUAAUGGAUCUCGGAGGAAGCAUUUCGCACCACCACGGCAUCGGGAAGCUGCGCCGGGAGUUCCUGCCCAAUGCUGUUGGGGAAACAAGUAGGCCCUCUGCGACGCGUGGCCGUGUUGCGUGGAGUCAAGAUGUGCUUGGACCCAAAGAAUAUAUUCGGGUGCAGAAAUCUCUUCCAUACUUGAGCAUGGUGCGGACUCCAUGUGCUCGCCAUUAA